UCAAUCAAUCUGGAUAGAUAUUAUAUUUAUGACUUUUUAAACUUAACUUAUUUAACAUUAAUGAAUCAAUAUGUUUUAGCCGAGUGCUGUAUUGGUUUGAUUUUAGUUUUAACUUUAAUUAAGACUCGGAUCAUUUGCACAUUUCAUUAUUAAUCUUUGAUUUUUAACUGUCGAAUGUGAAAUUCGUAAAGCCAAUCAGAAAUGAUUAACAGUGCAAUUUUGAUGAUGUUUUUAUAUUCAAAUUUUGUAUCAACAGAGUUCGAGGAAUCAACAGAAUACUACGAAAGAAUUGCUUGGGGUCGAUAUGUUUACGAAGAAGGCGCAUAUCCUUUUUUUCUUUCUAUUCAAAUACCACGGGGCGGAAACCCGAGAAAUGGAUACCAUCACAACUGUGGUGGAUCAUUAAUAGAACCGAGAAUCAUGUUAACAGCAGCUCAUUGUCUCAUGAAUGACACACUUAUUCCACUUAUUCGCAUUUUACCCAACUAUCGAAAUACACCGCUAAUUUUACCUAGAGAUCUAGUCUUCAAAAUUGAAGCCUACGAGAAGCAUCCACAUUAUGGUUCUGUCCCAUGGCUAACUGCUAAAGAUGACAUUGCUGUUGUACUUUUGGACAAACCUCAUCCUCAACCUGGUGCAAUAAUUUUUCGACCCGUCUUACCACUUCAUAUUUGCUUUCCAGUUAAGAUGAUGGGCUAUGGUGCCACUGAAAGUGGUGAUCCUCCAUAUAGAUUAAGAGAAGCGACUGUAUUCAGGCUUGAUGAUGAAGAUUGCCUCGAUGAAGCACCUUGGCGGUUCGUACCAGGUUACAGUCUUUGCGUUAUUAAUGGCGUGGGCUCAGCUGGAUGUUUAGGUGACUCAGGUGGACCUUUAAUUUGGGAAAAUCCAAAAACUAAUAAAACCUUUAUUUACGGCGUGGUAUCUAUCGUUUUUUUGCAUUGUGCCGAUGCACCUUUAACUAUCUUUGUUGAUGUUUUAGCAUAUAAUGAUUGGAUUGAUAUUGCUGUUUUCAGAUUAUCACUUCAUGAUGAAUUGAGAUCCGGUUUAGAGUGAAUAUGUUCAACUUGCAACAAAAUGAUUCAAAUAAAUUCAAUGGAAGGACCAAAUUGAUUUUCGGUUACCAUUUGAAGAUUGGAUUAUCACUUUGGAUUGGAUUCCAUACAUGAUUGACCCUUUAUUAUGUAAAGCAACAACUAACAAGUUGUAAGUCGGGAGACAUUUGACUGUCCUGGUUUCAACGUUCAUUCAUAGUUCAA